GGUGGACAUAGAUGCACAUAGGUCGAUGCGUUCGAGUUUUCUGUGGUAGCAGAGAAGUAUAACACUUAUCCUGGCUGCGAACGCGGACCGAAGGGACGCGUGAGCACUGUGUGGAAUUCAGAAUGGCUAUAGAUUUACAGUCACGAGAAUAAAGAAAUAACGUGAAUGGCAUCGAUUCACUAAUUCCAUUGCCUGUAGGUCGAGUGAAUGAACUGUCAGGAUUAUUAGUCAUUGUUUUGUAAGUCGAUCGUACUGCUAUACGACUGAGUCGUAAAGUCGUAAGGUCGUAGAGUCGUAGAUAGAAUAUUUAUAUAAAGCCGAUUCCUCGUAGAUGAUUACCUAUUCUGUAGAAUUUUCAUAAAUUUAUUCCGGCGGUCGAGGAUUCUAGGAUCCUGUCCCUGCGCCGGAAUGGGAAAACUACAUCUCUGCUCAAUUCUGUAGUAACAAGAUCCAGUUACAAUAAAAUGAAGAAUAUUCUCGAUACGAUAUUCAUUCCACUUACAGUCGAUGGACCGAGUGAAUCGAUGUGAUUCACGUUAUUUAUAUAAGAUUAUGCAGGAAAGUGAAUGGAGUUUGAUAAGAGUCUUAUAAGAAUCUGAUAAGAAAGUCAUAAGAAUUUCAUAAGAAAGUGAUGAAAAGCUUUUAUCUGUUUGUGAAAUUAUUCUGGACAAGCAGUAAUUUAACGAUUCCGUUUUACUCAGCGAAACAGUAAGAAACUCAAUGUUUGACUAUAAGACAUUUAUGUUGCAUUCUGCUCUCGAGAGUGCUCUGUCUUUAGUUGUCGAUAUACUCACAAAAGGAAUUCAAAAACCUGAAACUAGUUAAUCAGAAUGUAAUAGUGAGACGAUCUUUAUUAUCAUAGUCCGUAAUUGCUCAGUAGAUAAGAGCACGGCAUGGCAUGCCGUAUAGGCCCUAGGUUCGAAUCCUAGACGGAUCGUAUGAUUUUUUUCAAAUUUUUUCUGCACAAUUCAGAUGCACCACUAACGUAGUUUAACUUCUUGAGCAUUUUUCAGAUCGCAAGAAUUUCAUAAGAAAGUAAUAAGAAGUUCAUAAGACCUCUUAUCACUUUCUUAUGAAAUUCUUAUGAUUUUCUUAUCAGAUUCUUAUAAGACUCUUAUCAAACUCCAUUCACUUUCCUGCGUAAUCUUAUAUCAGAAUUGGAUAAAAAUCAGGUAAGAUUCUUACGUGAAUCUUACAGAGUACUAAUAGGAUUCUUAACUAAUACUUAUAUAAGAAUCAACUCUUAUGGUUUAUCUUAAUACUUUUAGAAAUCAUCUUUGGCAGCUCGGUAGAUCUAGUGUUGUUACGAUAAGGAAAAACUUUCAAGACUCGAAAAUGUCUUUAGUUUUUGGCCGAGAAAAGACUUUUUACGAGGCGUUACGGUUUUUAAUAAUAGUCCUAUGUUCAGCUAGGAGGGGUCUAAUAGUGACAUUCUUGCAGUCAAUUGUCUCAUCUAUCCAUCGGUAUAGAAUGUCAAUGGCUACAGCAAGCUCCGGGUCUGUCCAGAAGUGUUUGAAACCAGAAAACAAGAGUUAACCGUUUUUGAUGCUCAUUCGUGAUGCACAGAAAUACAGAUAGUCCCUUUUUUCAAUUAAACAUUACCCUCAACGUGCUUCUCUGUUGCUACUAGUAGUUCGGGUCCUAUCGUUUUGUUUCGUUCCAAAAUGACAAUCAAAACACAAAGUAGUGCGCUUAUACAGCAGAGUAAACCACCAAUUAGUGCAUAAACCACCCAUUCGCAUUUUCAAUCCCAAUAAUACCGCUGCAUCUUUAACUCCAUGUCCAAACGAGACACACGCCAAAACAAAUGUCAAUAGAGCCAUAAUUGCACCUAUUGUGACUAUGCUGUUUAGUUGGCUGCAGAACGGUAAAGAUUUUAUUACGUGCUGCGUGCAUGCCUACUUUUCUUUCUGUUUGUUCUUGUGAGUCAUGGGUUUCUAAACAAGUAGCAUUCGGUGUAUGUUGCGAAUAGAGAUGAAGUAAGAAGACAAAUAUGUUGUUUAACCUUGAUUUGUUUGCAACAGAAGAUAAACUAUCAGUUCACAUUGUGAACAGCUUCACGUUUGUACUUAGCAUUGAUGGCAAAAGAGUAUGUUCACGAUGAAGCAAAGCCAAAUCAGCGUUAUUCAGAUAUAUUGAAUGAACUACGGAAAUUGUUGUUGCCAAUCGAUGGUUAUCAAAAGGUUCCUUUGAUAUCUUUAGAAGAAGCAGUUAGGAAUAUUUCACACUUAUUAGAUAGUGAUAUAUCUACCAAAGUAGCAAUAGCAAAAGAGAACAGUCGUCGUCCUGAGGAUGGACUUAGACCAGACGAAUCUGCGUCCAUUCAUCUCUAUACGAUGUAAUCUGUUGCGGACGGUGCAAGUUUGUAUUUCAUUUUAAAUAAAACACUACGACUGGAAAAUCGCCAGCAUUUAAAGCCGUGGUUUCCAUAUCUGAAAUUGUUAUUAACGGGUUUAUUUAAACUAAAAUCAGAGAACCGAAUUGUAUGGCGUGGCAUUAAUGGCAACUUGAGUCAAGAAUUUCAUCAGGGUGAGACGUUCAUUUGGUGGCGAAUCAGCAGAUUCAUUAAAUUUCAUUAAAUGUUCUAGAAUCCGAACAAUUUCUUGGUAAAGCAGGUACACGAACACUGUUUAAUAUUGAAUGCUUGAACGGAAAAGCGAUAAAGAAGCAUUCACAUUAUCCAGCAGAAGAUGAAAUUCUUCUUUUACCGGCAACACAAUUCGAAGUUGUGGGUAGAGUGCAGUCCGCUCCCGGACUCAACAUUGUUCAAUUGCGAGAACUAAAACCUCCCCUUCUAUUAUUACAACCGCCAUUAGGUUAUUCUGCACUUUCCACCCAGGGCGCUACACCAGAAACAUUGCUACCACACUCAAAAACCACAAAAGCAGGCAAUAAGGACAUUUCUGCGGACGUCGAUACAUCACUUUCAAUCAAUCUCCAAAAUAUAUCAUCUGAAGGUGGAAAAGCAAGUGGUGAAGCCUUGAAGGUCAACCAAGCAUUAACAACGCUUAAUAUUAGCUACAACGCGAUAUCAUCCGAAGGUGCAAAAGCAAUUGGAGAAGCAUUGAAAGUCAACCGAACAUUAACAACGCUUCAUAUUGGGGGCAACCACAUAUCACCUGAAGGUGGAAAAGCAAUUGGUGAAGCAUUGAAGGUCAACCAAGCAUUAACAACGCUUAAUAUUAGCUAUAACGCGAUAUCAUCCGAAGGUGCAAAAGCAAUUGGUGAAGCCUUGAAGGUCAACCGAACAUUAACAACGCUUAAUGUUAGCUAUAACGCGAUAUCAUCCGAAGGUGGAAAAGCAGUUGGAGAAGCAUUGAAAGUCAACCGAACAUUAACAACGCUUCAUAUUGGGGGCAACCACAUAUCACCUGAAGGUGGAAAAGCAAUUGGUGAAGCAUUGAAGGUCAACCAAGCAUUAACAACGCUUAAUAUUAGCUAUAACGCGAUAUCAUCCGAAGGUGCAAAAGCAAUUGGUGAAGCCUUGAAGGUCAACCGAACAUUAACAACGCUUAAUGUUAGCUAUAACGCGAUAUCAUCCGAAGGUGGAAAAGCAGUUGGAGAAGCAUUGAAAGUCAACCGAACAUUAACAACGCUUCAUAUUGGGGGCAACCACAUAUCACCUGAAGGUGGAAAAGCAAUUGGAGAAGCAUUGAAAGUCAACCGAACAUUAACAACGCUUCAUAUUGGGGGCAACCAGAUAUCACCAGAAGGUGGAAGAGCAAUUGCAGAAGCGUUGAAACUCAACCGAACACUGUUAACGCUUCAUAUUGGAGACAACCAGAUAUCAUCUGAAGGUGAAAAAGCAACUGGUGAAGCCUUGAAGAUCAACCAAGCAUUAACAACACUUAAUAUUAGCUACAACGCGAUAUCAUCCGAAGGUGGAAAAGCAAUUGGAGAAGCAUUGAAAGUCAACCGAACAUUAACAACGCUUCAUAUUGGGGACAACCAGAUAUCACCUGAAGGUGGAAGAGCAAUUGGAGAAGCAUUGAAGGUCAACCGAACACUGUUAACGCUUCAUAUUGGGGACAACGCGAUAUCAUCCGAAGGUGGAAAGCAAUUGGAGAAGCAUUGA